GGGAAAAAGAGCGAAGGAGGGCAGGAUGAAACCGUGUGUGUGUGCCAGUAGCAGCUUGGAGGCUGCGUGGAUCUUCACUACUGCCGCGGAGCAGCAGGAACAGGAGUAGAACGGAUUCGAAUGUGAAGCCACUCCGGAUUUCGGUACACGAUUUUUAUCAAAAGGAGCGACGAUAUUUUUUUUUUUAGAUUCACGCACGGCUCUUGCAGCCCGAGUAGCCCCCGACUGCCUCACCUGGAUCCACGUUAGUCUUUAUCGGAUUAUCACUUUGGACCGAGCCAAAUCAAAUCAAAGGAUUGCACCUGUUUAUUGAAGCCCCGGGUGGUGCUAGCUACACUUUUCUCCCGUGUGUGUGAGAGAUCCUUCACACUGGAGAACCGGACCUGAGCACUAGCUGGUCAUCGAACCCAGACCUAAAGCCAAUAAGUUGUACAGCUUCCAGGAAGGAAAUCUGCUAAAAAAAAAAAAAAAGAAUGCCUCUUGCACAGAUUGCAGAGCCAUGGCCCACUAUGGAACUAGUGCAGCUUGAAACCGAGAAUGGCCAAAGCACCACAGAGGAUGGAGUCACGCCUGCUGUCAAGGAUGAUGGUGAGAUCAAGGAGAUCAACAUCACCCAUGUGGUCAAAGAGGGUUCGGAAAAAGCGGACGCUUCUCACUUUGAGCUUCUCAAAGUGUUGGGUCAAGGGUCCUUUGGGAAGGUGUUCCUGGUGCGCAAGGUGACUCCUCCUGAUGACAACCAGCUCUACGCCAUGAAGGUCCUAAAGAAGGCCACACUUAAAGUGAGGGACCGUGUGAGGACCAAGAUGGAGAGAAACAUCCUGGCUGACGUCAACCACCCGUUUAUUGUCAAGCUUCACUACGCUUUCCAGACUGAAGGGAAACUCUACUUGAUCCUGGACUUCCUCAGAGGCGGAGAUCUCUUCACCAGGUUGUCUAAAGAGGUGAUGUUCACAGAGGAGGAUGUGAAGUUUUAUCUUGCAGAGCUGGCACUUGGUCUGGACCACCUGCACAGUUUUGGCAUCAUUUACAGAGACCUGAAGCCUGAAAAUAUUCUCCUAGAUGAGGAAGGUCACAUCAAACUUACAGAUUUUGGUUUGUGCAAAGAAGCCAUCGACCACAAGGACAAGGCCUACUCCUUCUGUGGUACUGUGGAGUACAUGGCCCCUGAGGUGGUCAACAGGCAAGGACACACCCACAGCGCAGACUGGUGGUCGUUUGGAGUACUGAUGUUUGAAAUGCUGACUGGAUCGCUGCCCUUUCAAGGCAAGGACCGCAAAGAAACGAUGAGCAUGAUUCUUAAGGCUCGUCUGGGAAUGCCUCAGUUUCUCAGUACCGAGGCUCAGUCUCUGCUCAGGGCUUUGUUCAAGAGGAACCCCGCCAACAGACUGGGAUCUGGUCCUGACGGAGCGGAGGAGAUUAAACGCCACGGUUUGUUUUCCAACAUCGACUGGAACAAACUGUUCCGCAGAGAAGUCAAACCUCCUUUCAGGCCGGCGGUGGCUCGCCCUGACGACACAUUCUACUUUGACUCCGAGUUCACCUCCCGCACUCCUAAAGAUUCUCCUGGCGUGCCACCGAGUGCCGGAGCUCACCAGCUCUUCAGAGGCUUCAGCUUCAUUGCGUCAACACUGUUGGAAGAGGAAGGUUUAAUUGAGCCGGUGCAACCGCUGCCUCACCCGGUGGUGCAGCAGCUUCACGGGAAGAACUUGUUGUUCAGCGACGGUUAUGUGUUGAAGGAAGACAUCGGCAUGGGCUCCUUCUCCGUGUGUAAGCGAUGUGUCCACAAGGCCACCAACACAGAAUACGCCGUCAAGAUGAUAGACAAGACCAGCACCGACCCCACGGAGGAGAUCGAGAUCCUCCUUCGAUACGGCCAACACCCAAAUAUCAUAACACUGAAGGACGUGUACGACACCGGGAAGCAGGUGUUCCUGGUGACGGAGCUGAUGCGAGGGGGGGAGCUCCUCGACCGCAUCCUCAAGCAGAAGUUCUUCUCGGAAAGGGAGGCCAGCGCCGUGCUGCACACCAUCACCAAGACUGUGGAGUACCUGCACUCACAAGGGGUGGUGCACAGAGACCUGAAGCCCAGCAACAUUCUGUACGUGGAUGAGUCGGGCAACCCAGAGUCCAUCCGCAUCUGCGACUUCGGCUUCGCCAAGCAGCUGCGCGCCAACAACGGUCUUCUGAUGACGCCCUGCUACACCGCCAACUUUGUAGCUCCUGAGGUGUUGAAGCGUCAAGGCUACGAUGAAGGCUGUGACAUCUGGAGUUUGGGGGUCUUACUGUUCACAAUGAUGGCGGGUUUCACUCCGUUUGCCAACGGGCCUGAGGACACGCCCAAUGAGAUCCUGAACAGGAUAGGAAACGGUCACUUCAGCCUGUCUGGAGGGAAUUGGGACACGGUGUCUGACGCCGCUAAGGACUUGGUGUCCAAGAUGCUCCACGUGGAUCCGCAUCAGAGACUGACUGCCAAGCAGGUCCUCAGACACACAUGGAUCGUCCAGAGGGACAAACUCCCCAACAGCCAACUCCCACACCAGGACCCCAAACUCGUCAAGGGCGCCAUGGCAGCCACCUACUCAGCCCUGAAGAACUCGCAGCCCACCCCCGAGCUCAAACCAAUCGAGAGCUCCUUCCUGGCCCAGCGGCGCGUUAAGAAGCUUCCGUCCACCUCGCUCUAGACGCUGACACGCACCUCUCCUAUCAGCUGUCGGCGAGCCUGAUGGCUCGAUGGGGGGGGCAGGCAGGGCAGGCGGAGACGACCAGCCAAGGAACACUGACUGUGACCAUGAACAUAUUUUGUCUGCUUUAGUAUGAAUGGGGUUUGUAUGUACUGUGUGUGUGUGUGAGUGAGUGUGUGUCUGUUUUUUGUGCGUGUGUGUGUGCGCGCGUGUGUGUGUGUUCCUGCAUGACCACCAUGCCAUUUUCCUCCAGCUUGCUGCACGUUUAGUUGUCUGACUGUUUCUUCUUCUUCUGUCUCAUUGUUUGUGAAGAUGAUGAUGAUGAUGAUGAUGAUUAUGAGGACACUCCUUACACCAGCGGCUUGUGCUGCUUAAAUCCGUUUGUGCCGGCAGCACGGCAGCUACAGUCCUGUCCUAAUGCUGUUCAAAUGUUAUUUCUUAUAUAUAUAUAUAUAUAUAUGUGUGUGUGUGUGUGUGUGUGUGUGUAUGUGUGUGUG